AUGUCUCAAUUCGGUGGCGGAAAACCGCCCAAUCAAUGGCAUCGUCCAACUGCUCCAGGAGGUGCUCCACAGCUCUCCGGCUUCCCGGCAGUCAACUUCGGUGGUGUUCCAAUGGUCGGAAUGGGCGUUCCGAUGGGAAUGGUCAAUCAGGCGGCGUUCUCCUCGCCAAAUGUGCUCGGAAUGCAAGGAAUCAUGGGCGCAGUCCCACAACAGUCUCUGACUCAACAACAACCGAGCUUCCAACAACAAAACGGUCUUCAGCAAGGGGGUAACAUGCAACAGAACGCGGGCGCCAAAAAUCAACGGACUUUCGUCGGUGUCGUCACUAAAAUGCUUGAUACUUAUGGAUUCGUCGAUGAUGACGUCUUUUUCCAACAUAGCGUAAUCCGCGGCUCCCAUCCACGUGUCGGCGACAAAGUGAUGGUAGAGGCCAACUACAACCCAUCGAUGCCGUUCAAAUGGAACGCCUACAGAAUCCAACUUCUCAACGCGGCCACCCAACAAGAGCCAGUGCGCCAAGCUCCUCCACAACAGCAACAACAACAACAGAUUCCUCAGCAACGUGGCGGUCAAGAAUCCCAGCGUUGGGGAUCGAACGAUCGAGGAGAUCGUAACGGUGGUGGCCGUGGAAACGAGUCACCACUCCAUCGUUCCGCUCCACAACGUCGUCACUCUCCACCAGCUCGACGUGCUUCUCCACCAAGGCGUAGCAGUCCAAAACGUGAUACCCGUCCUUCUCGUGAACCCAGAGAGGCGAGAGAACCCAGAAGAUCUCCACCACCGAGACGUGCUGUCUCCCCUAGAAGAGCCUCUUCUCCAGCUACUGCUCCAGUCAAAAACGACAGAAAACGAGAGAGAAGUCCCAGUGGAAGUGUCGCUCCGUCGAUUCGUCGUGAUAGUGCGAGUCCGCCAAGAAGACGUGCCAGAAUCAUUCCUCGCUACGAAUGUCGUGUCCAACGACCGGCUCUCCUAUCUCAAAUCGUGUCUGGAUCGGUUCUCCGUCACAGAUAUUCCAAGAUGUAUCUCCCAUCGGAUUACGUGGAUCUCACUUUCGAUUGGGUAUCCACAAUCCAGUUGGAUAUGUCAUUAGACAUGAAUAAUCCGAUUCAAUUCCACGUCUUCAACAAAGACGUCGACUAUAUCGGAGAGCCACUUCCAGAGCUCGAACCAGAAGACUCUGAUCAUCGUCACCAGGUGAAAGUGUUGCUUUUGUCGCACGCUGGAAAAUCGGAAGUCGUCAAGAAGUCGUUCUGUUUGAUGGCUGAUGGCACUACAGAUGAUCAUCAGGAGCCGCAGAGUCUCUUGAAGAAUCUUCACUUUUUAACUGGCGCUCGCGGAAAAGAGACUAUGGGAAUCGGCGGAGCCUGGUCUCCAUCGCUCGACGGUGCCGAUCCGAGCUCUCCGACCACAAUGAUCCGUACGGCGGUCCGUACGACUCGUGCUCUCACCGGAAUCGAUUUGUCGUCGGUUUCUCAGUGGUUCUCAAUGGUCACAAUUCGCUACUACCGUGCCGAUAAGCAGCGCAUAGAUCACGUCAACUUCUUGCUCCCCGACACUCAAUCAUUGGCUCUAGAUGAUGCGCAAUGGACGGCCGCCGAAGCUGGAAUUGGCGAACAACUCAAGGCCAAAUUGGCUGAAAUCGACGCGUUGAAGAUUGAGGAGGAGGAGCCGCCGGUCGUCGUGGAGAUGGCGGAGCCAGAAGUUCAGGAAACAACACCUUCAGAUGUCGUCGUCGUCCCGGCUACAGAAUCGGCUUGCGAAGAGCCAAAAGAAGCGUCGUCUGAGACGAAGGAAGAGACGAAGGAAGUCAAGGAAAGUAUCGUGGAGAACGAUGCUGACGUCAGUAUGAACAGCGAAUCGGAUGACAAGACGCCGCAGCACGUCGUCGACGCUGGACAAGGCCCGACGAAUUGGAGUAAACUUGAUCCGAAAUCGAUGAAAGUCGCGGAACUUCGUGUCGAGUUGGAGCUUCGUGGACUGGAGACGAAGGGGAUUAAGACGCUCCUCGUGCAACGCCUUCAGACGGCUCUUGAUAAUGAGAAGUCGACGGAGGCGGCGGCGGCGAAAGAUGUCGAGAUGAAGGAUGUGUCGGAUGCGGCGGUGAAGCAGGAGACAGCUGGAGAAGAGAAUCCGGCCGCAUUCAUAGCGCCACCAAUAGAGGAAACCAAGGCGAAGACCGAAGCAGAGGCGAAGAAAGAGCAAGAAGAGGCUGAUAAGCGAAAGAAAAAGGAGGAGGCGUUGGAAAAGGAGAAACGAGAGAAGCGAGAGGCGCUCGAGAAGCAUUAUCAGCUGCCGAAAGACAAGAAAAUCUUGGUUUUCCCGUCGAAAAGCUACAAAUCUGGAAAGUUUGAUUGUAAAGUGAUGAGUCUCAGCUCGCUUUUGGACUAUCGUCACGAUGAUAACAAGGAGAAUCAGUUCGAGGUUUCACUCUUCGCUGAGGCUUUCAAGGAGAUGAUUGAGAGAAAUUCGGCGUUUACUAUCUACGAGACACUAGUGAAUUGUGGAGAUCGUGAUGCUGAAAAGAAGCGGCGUGAUGAGGCGAGAGAGAAGCCGGUUGAAGUGGCGACUGAAACUGAGAAACCAGCGGAUGGAGGAGGAGCUGAGGAGAAGUCUUCCGAGAAGAAAGAAGAGAAAAAAGAAGAAGAGAAAAAGGAGGAAAAGAAGGAGAAGGUUGAGAGAAUAGAGGUGAAAUCAGUUGUCGCCAAUCGAACUGUCUACGAAGCGUUCUCACUUUUCGACGCGAAUCUUUGUGGUUAUUUGACUGAACGAGAUAUCGAGGAGAUCCUCUACAAUGGAGAAUUCGGAAUAUCGCGAGGUCAAAUUCAGAAGCUCGCGAAGAAGUUGUCAGUUCGAGACAAGAUCAACUAUCGUCAUCUGACUGAUGUGCUUACCGAUAUGGACGGAAACGUUCGUCACACACCGGGCGGCGCUGAUGACGUUGUGGAGACUGACGAUUUGAUUAAAGGAUUCGGGAUGAAGUUGGCGAAGAGUUCGGAGGAUCAGACGACUCAGAAGACGUCGUCGGAGGUUUCAUCAGAUGGUGUUGUGAUUAUUAAUGGAAGUGCAGUGAAUGUGGGGCAGAAAUUGAAGUUGUUGAAGCAAGUGGAGAAGGAGAGAGAUGAGGCGAAAGCGACGGUUAAUGAGCAGAUCUCGUUGAUUGAACAACUGCGUGAGGCGAAGGCGGAUAUUGAGAAGAAGAAGAAGGAUAUCGACUCGCACUAUCACAAAUCGAACAAGAAAUUGAACGAGACGAGUGCUCAGCUUAAAACUGUUCAAGACGAUAACUCGUCGUUGAAACAAGCGCUUCAAGACUGCAAACGGCAUGCGGAUCGCAUUUUUUCGGUGGUUGAGAAGGCUAUGCCGGCGCCGAAGAAGGAGAAGAAGGAAGAAAAGGAGAAAUCCGCUGAGAAAAAGGACGAGAAGCCAACGGAGAAAUCUGCCGAGAAGUCGACAUCAGAAGACGCCCAAGACGCGCCAGCUGCCACCGUCACCGCUUCGGAUUCCACGACAACCGAGCCAAUCGCCGUUGAUGAGCAGCCUUCUGAGGAGAAAGUUACGGAGGAGAAGAAGGAAUAA